CAAUUUUGAAAACAAAAGUCUGGACCAUGAUGUCAUCAAAGAAGGACAGCGGGCUUUCUAGCAAGUGUAAACAAAAGGACAUUGAAAUCUUGCAGUCUUGCAACUCGUGGAAAAGGCUCUUGGCACAUCGACCUUUUGCGUAAAUAGCUAGCUACAUUGUCAUAUUAUUACAAGGCGAAAACAUGGUGGAUAUACGCACAGCUGUAACGUUACCGUCAGAGUCCUUAAAUGAAAGCUCCUCCGGUGAUGAACCCUUGAUUGCAUUAAUAAAGAAGAUGCCCCAGCCCAAUGAGACCCAGGGUAAAAAAAGGCUGAACAUCACUAGACAAGAUUCAGGUGACACCUCAGAUGAUGAACCCUUGACGAAGUUGUUGAAGAGACUUCCCAGACCUAAAAAAGCCACUGUACAAGCAAAGAGGCCAGGGACUACUUAUAUCAAAAGAGGAACAGGUAAUGGCAUCCAGAAGACAAACAACAAGAUCGCAGGUUCAACCCAGGAUGAGGACUCCUAUGACAGCUCAGACAAUGAACCCUUGAUAAAGAUGGUUAAAAAGCUCCCUAAACAGACAUCGUUACCAUUCAAAAAGAGACCCUUCAACACAGCCAGAGAGGUGAACGAUGUGAAGAAGCGCAGAAAUAACAUCCAGAACACUCAUAACAUAUGCACAGACUCAUCAGGUGACAGCUCCGAUGAUGUGCCAUUGAUCAAGAUCAAGACACAAACCCAAACAAAGACGCUCCCUACAACAGCCAGAAAAACACACGGCAUUAAAAAGCCCAGUAAAGUUCUUAAAAAACACAACAGGAGUAUAGAGUCCUCCAAUGACAGCUCAGAUGAUGAACCAUUGAUUAAUCUAACCAGGAGGUCUCCAUCUAAAGACACUGUGAGGACAAUAGUGAAGAGGUGUGUCGCUAAGGAGUCCAAUGGCAACAACUGUAGUCGAAGUGAAGGCAAAACAAGCAGAGAGGAAGAGGUGAAUUCUGAUUCUGAUGAUGAGCCCUUAAUUAGUCUAGCUAAAAAGCCUCUUAAAGCUGUAAAGAAGACCACGACACCAGUAAAGAAGAGGAGUGUGCCAGGAAAGACAAACAAAGCAGUCAAUAGAUGGAGCACCAAAUAUGUUCAAAGCACGAGUGAAGGGUCUUUGGAUGAUAGAUCAGAUGAUGAGCCCUUGAUUAAGAAGAUGGUGAGAAAUCCACCAAUGAAGACCCUGAUGGUUAUUCUGGAGAGAUGUGACACUAAAGAAGCCUUGGAAGAUCACUGUAGAGCCAAUGUGGGAAACGCGGGCGAAAGAAGUGCAGAGGAGAACUCCGAUGAUGAAAUCUUGUUAAAAAUGGUCACGAAUCCCCCUCAUUCUUCACCAGAAGCUAUGGCAGAGAAGAGAAAUCAGUCACAAGACUUCUCUGACGAUGAACCUUUGAUAAAGAUGGUUGGAAACCCAGUCAUUAUCAUGGACUAGUAAAGAUACAGGAAUAGUACAUUUUAGGACGACAGCAUUCAGUAACAAACUUGUCAAAGAUGGCACAAUAGUUACUGACACAACACCUUUUUUUCUUGCUUGAGUUUACUGUGUUAUGGUGAAAAUAUGUGAGUUUUCUAAAUAUUAGGUGAUCUGGGAUAUCUAUUUUCAUGUUUGAAUCUUUAGUGUUUUUAUUUUUUGUAUAACUUUUAUUUAUUUUUGUAUCAUGUUUACCACAUGGAUGCUCGUGGUAGCAUGUUUUAUAGUAUAUUUAUGGCCAUGCAAAAGUUGACUCACUCCAAACAAUAGGCCUGAUUUAUUUUUAAUUGUUACCAAUUAUGGGUCUCCAGCAUAAUGAAUUAGAGUACAUUUGUGUGAUAAAUGCAGUACCUGACCCUAUUCAUUUAGACUGGAAUGUACCAUCAAAUAGGGAGCAGUACUAUUUAUUUAGACUGGAAUGUACCAUCAAAUAGGGAGCAGUACUAUUUAUUUAGACUGGAAUGUACCAUCAAAUAGGGAGCAGUACUAUUCAUUUAGACUGGAAUGUACCAUCAAAUAGGGAGCAGUACUAUUCAUUUAGACUGGAAUGUACCAUCAAAUAGGGAGCAGUACUAUUUAUUUAGACUGGAAUGUACCAUCAAAUAGGGAGCAGUACUAUUCAUUUAGACUGGAAUGUACCAUCAAAUAGGGAGCAGUACUAUUCAUUUAGACUGGAAUGUACCAUCAAAUAGGGAGCAGUACUAUUCAUUUUCGAAAACUGAAACUAUAGAUGUGCUUGUUUCAGUCCAGCUAUGUAAUGGCUUACCAUUCAAUUGUGUGAGAUGACAUUACACUUUUUUUUAUUAAUGGAUUGUUUUCACAAUUUUUAUUAAAAGAACAGAAGUUUCCUAUUUGUCUUAGUCAUUACCAAAAAACACACCUUCACUUCUAUGGGAGAUAUUAAUCGGCAAAGGAUUCCAGCUUCUUCACUGAGACAGCAUCUGUAACAUGAGGCAAAUUUUGUGUCGAAGUUGGAACACAUAAUGUUAUGGUGGACUGGAAACCCUCAAAUGUAUAUUGUAAAUCCACUAGAAUUUGUGCGACUGAAAGAGCGUGUAAUACAUUUCUGUCAAUUAGCAGACGCUCUUAUCCAGAGCAACUUACUGUUAGUGCAUUCAUCUUUAUUUUUUUAUUUUACCUUUAUUUAACUAGGCAAGUCAGUUAAGAACAAAUCUUAUUUAUAAUGACGACCUACCAAAAGGCCUCCUGCGGGGCCGGGGGCUGGGAUUAAACAAAUAAAUAUA